AUGUGUUACAGAUGUGGCGUGGUCUGCCUACUGAUAGCCCACGAGCCCCCACUUGGCCUUGGGGAGCAGGCUGUGGCGCAACUAAGAAAGCUUAAACGGGGAAAAUUGUCAAUAGAGCGCUACAUUGAGAAAUACCAGUCCUUGGUGAACCGAAAUCCUAUGGUGGAUACGGAACUCCACUAUAAUUGGUUUAUAGCGGGGCUGUCCCCUGGUGUGAGGCAAACAGUAACUGGCCAGUCCACAGAUAUGGAAAUGAGGGGCGAAAAAGUGGAACUCGCUGAGAUGAUGGAGUACCUCCGUAGGAUGAAGCUCCAACGCUUCCCAAAAAGCAUCAUUACCGACAGGGAUCCGAAGUUCGUUGGCGCCUUCUGGCUUAGCCUCAUGCAACAGUUCAGCAUCGACCACGACAUGACCACUGCCAACCAUCCGGAGGCAGACGGCCAGACCGAAAGAACUAACCGCACGCUGGUGCAGUAUUUGCGACUUUACACCCAACAGAACUCAUCUGACUGGCUUGACUUUCUUGCUUGUGCAGAGUGGGUUUAUAACACUACAGUGCAUUCGUCCACCCGCUGCUCCCCGGCGUCCCUGGUCUACACAGAAACCCCACCCGCAGAUCCGCCGCUCGACCUCGCUGUUGAAAUCCAGCCCCGAUCGUCUGCGGCUUCUGACUUCGGCAGACAGCUUGCAGCAGUGAGGGAAUGCAUGCGCAAAACACAGGAACGUCAAGCCAGGAACUACGACCAAAGACGUUCCGCAGUCAGUUUCGACUCGGGCGACUUGGUAUUAAAGCGUUCUCCAUAG